GUCGAAAACCCUAAUGCUACUUAUAGUUAUGAGCAUAAGGACUGCAACAAAUAUAUCACAAAUCCAUUUUACAAAAAUGGAUCUUAUUACAAUGGAGAUUUUUCAAUCCCAUUUGAAAAUAAUUACAAAUUGGUAUUAAGCUUAUCAAAUAACACAAAAUAUGGAAAGCAUGGCGAACAAUCGAUUACUUUUCAAUUUCAAUUUAUGGACCAAAAUGUGAAUUUAAAUGCUAGUUUUUUUGACUGA